AUGCGGGUGCGGGACAUGGAACGGUCGCUGGACUUUUACACCAGGGUGAUGGGUUUGACCAUCAUGGAGAGGACUGCCAGCGGCACCGUGUUCAUGUCCGCGAACACUGAAAAGUCGCACGAGUUGGCAAUCCGCGCCAUCGGCAUGGACGCGCAGGGUCCCGACCACUCCCUGAUUGGUCAGGCGCACAUGGCGUGGCAGAUGGAAACCUUUGAGGACCUGCAGGAACUGCACGCGCGCCUCAAGGACAACAACGUGCGAAUCCAGCGGAUUGGCGACCACGGGGUUUCGCUGGGCGUGUACCUGCUGGAUCCCGACGACAACGAGAUCGAAGUAUAUUACGAGCUGCCGAGUUCCGAGUGGAACCGCUCGGCAGACAAGGGCCUGUUCGAGGGCAACUUCCCCAGACAACUCGAAGAGCCGGCCGGCGUAGCCGACGAUUAA